AGAGAGAGAGAGAGAGAUUCAAAUCUCAACUGGCUGAACGAACGAAAAUUCAAUCAACUUAUAUUAACUGUACACAAUACGUCAAGUGUCGAACUCGAAAAAAAUAUCAUCUGAUGUCAUCAUGUUCGUUCAAAAAUUUCUUACUUCAAUAAUAUAUUUGAAGAGUGAUUUGUUUGUCAAUUGCUUUGCAUAUAUUUAACCAAAUCAAUCUGAUGAUGACUUGGAAAAUACGUUGGAAGAAAUGCAAAAAUUUUUUUAUAGUAAUUUGAAUGAUUUAAAUGAAAUACGUGCGUGCAUAUAUAUGAAGAGGGUUUGUUUACUUUCAGAGUUCCAGUCUAAUAUUUGAAUAUCGAAUGUGUAUUGUGAAACUUUUGAUUUAUAAUUUUCUUAUAGUUUUAAUAGUAGCGAAUCAAGAUUCAGGAUGUGUUUAUCUGAUUAAAAGUAAAUAAAUAAAAUAAAGCGAAAGUAAGGGUUUUCUAACGAUUCCAUUUCACCGCAGAUUCUGAAAUGGGCCAUAAUCUCGACUCUCAAUUAACGGAUCCGGUUGUUUUACCAAAAUUUGGUUUCGGUUUUCGUAUGAUAACCGUCGCAGUGAAUAUGCUAGCGGUAUUAACAUUUAUCCAACCGAAUCGGGAUCGUCGCAAAUAUCUCUUCCCAUGCAUAUUGUGGAAUUUCUAUAUGUUAACAGCAAUAGCUGAAAAUAUUUUAGAAAUUGCUUGGUCCAUGCUUAAAAUGGAUAUACCGUUUACCGUAUUUGCUACAAUUAAUAUCGUUGGCGUGUUUAUGUUGGCCUUUCAAAGUAAAUUGACCAUGCAAAUGUUACGUUUUUACGAAUAUUUAAAUUACAUGCCUAACGGUUAUGCACCAUUUGUUUAAAAGCUUUCC